CUCCCAGCUCUAGCUCUCGCAGCAGCUGUGGCACGCGCAUCACCGGAGACAGGACCAGGCAUCUGCAGAGCUCGAGACGUUUCUCAGCAAAAAAAUAAAAAUUAAAAAAAAAAAAGAAAUAACAACCGGGGAAUGACGCCAUGAGCUCUCACCACCGGGAGUGAUCGAGGCGAUGCUUUACCGAGGCGUGAGGAGCCCAAAUCCGACCAUGAAGCUGCUGUUCGCGGUGACGCUCCUUUGGUGCGAGGCGCUGUGCGGAUCUCCGAGCGUCCAGAUCGGUGGUUUGUUCCCCAGGGGUGCAGAUCAGGAGUACAGUGCAUUCAGAGUUGGCAUGGUUCAGUUUGGGAUGGCAGAUUUUAGACUGACUCCACAUAUAGAUAACCUGGAGGUGGCCAACAGCUUUGCCAUUACGAACUGCUUUUGUUCCCAGUUCUCUCGGGGUGUCUACGCCAUUUUUGGCUUCUACGACAAGAAGUCGGUCAACACCAUCACAUCCUUCUGCGAGACUCUUCACGUCUCCUUCAUCACGCCGUCUUUCCCAGCAGAAGGAAUGAAUCAGUUUGUUCUCCAAAUGAGGCCAGACAUCAAGGGGCCACUAGUUUCAUUAGUGGAGUACUACAAGUGGGAAAAGUUUGCCUAUCUGUAUGACAGCGAUAGAGGUCUUUCUACUCUUCAGGUAAUACUGGACACUGCAGCGGAGAAAAAGUGGGUUGUCACAGCAAUAAAUGUAGGAAACCUAAAAGAUGAAAGAAAAGAUGAAGCCUACCGCUCCCUGUUUCAGGACCUGGAGAUCCGUAAGGAGCGACGCAUCAUUCUGGACUGCGAACAAGACAAAGUCAAAGAUAUCAUGGAACAGGUGAUCACUAUAGGCCGGCAUGUGAAGGGAUACCACUACAUCAUCGCAAACUUGGGUUUUGUGGAUGGUGACCUCUCGAAAAUCCAGUAUGGAGGUGCGAAUGUGUCUGGUUUUCAGAUAGUAGAUUUUGAUGACCCUGUGGUGGCAAAGUUCGACCAACGAUGGGAGGCUUUGGAAGAGAAGGAGUAUCCUGGUGCUGAUACACGGAUCAGAUAUACCUCUGCCCUUACCUAUGAUGCUGUCCAUGUGAUGACUGAGGCAUUCCGCUUCCUGCACAAACAGAGAAUAGACAUGAGUCGUCGUGGAAACAGUGGAGACUGCCUGGCCAAUCCAGCAGUUCCCUGGGCACAGGGGGUGGAGAUUGAACGUGCCCUCAAACAGGUGCGCGUAGAUGGUUUAACAGGGAACAUUCAGUUUGACCAGUAUGGAAAGAGGGUCAACUACUCAGUGACAGUCAUGGAGCUGAAGAACAAUGGACCUGUUAAGAUUGGUUAUUGGAAUGAAGUGGACAAGAUGGUGGUAACAAAAUCAGACCUUUACCCUAAUGACACGAUGGGAAUGGAAAACAAGACAGUCAUCGUUACAACUAUACUGGAAGCUCCCUAUGUUAUGCUAAAGAAGAAUGCUGAACUGUUUCAAGACAAUGACCGUUAUGAGGGUUACUGUGUCGACCUGGCUGCGGAGAUCGCAAAGCAUUGUGGCAUACGCUACCAGCUAAGGAUUGUGGGAGAUGGCAAAUAUGGAGCAAGAGACGCUGAAACCAAGAUCUGGAAUGGUAUGGUUGGAGAGCUGGUGUAUGGGAAAGCAGAUAUAGCAGUCGCACCGCUGACGAUCACUCUUGUUCGUGAGGAGGUGAUAGACUUUUCCAAACCCUUCAUGUCUUUGGGAAUCUCCAUCAUGAUCAAGAAGCCACAGAAGUCCAAACCAGGAGUCUUCUCUUUUCUGGACCCGCUGGCCUAUGAAAUCUGGAUGUGCAUUGUCUUUGCCUACAUAGGAGUUAGUGUUGUACUCUUCCUGGUAUCCAGGUUCAGCCCUUAUGAGUGGACGCUGGAGGAGCCUGAGGACGGAGCGUUGCCACUAACAACUGAAUCAACCAAUGAGUUUGGAAUCUUUAACUCCCUUUGGUUCUCCUUGGGCGCUUUCAUGCGACAAGGCUGUGACAUCUCACCAAGGUCUCUUUCAGGCCGUAUAGUGGGGGGAGUGUGGUGGUUUUUUACCCUGAUCAUCAUCUCAUCCUACACUGCCAACCUGGCUGCUUUCCUGACGGUAGAAAGGAUGGUUUCUCCCAUUGAGAGCGCUGAAGACCUGGCUAAACAGACGGAGAUUGCAUAUGGAACGCUGGACUCUGGCUCCACCAAGGAGUUCUUCAGGCGCUCUAAAAUCGCCUUGUUUGACAAGAUGUGGCAGUACAUGAAAUCAGCAGAACCUUCCGUCUUUGUCAAAAAAACGUCAGAGGGCGUCCUGCGUGUGAGGAAGUCCAAAGGAAAGUAUGCUUACCUGCUGGAGUCCACCAUGAAUGAAUACAUUGAGCAGAGGAAACCCUGUGACACGAUGAAAGUGGGAGGGAACCUGGACUCCAAAGGUUACGGCAUUGCCACACCCAAAGGAUCCCCAUUAAGAGUGCCAGUAAACCUUGCCGUAUUGAAACUGAAUGAGCAAGGGACCCUAGACAAGAUGAAAAACAAGUGGUGGUACGAUAAAGGAGAGUGUGGCUUCAAGGACUCCACCAAUAAGGAGAAGACCAGCGCUCUGUCUCUUAGUAAUGUAGCAGGAGUCUUCUACAUCCUAGUCGGAGGUCUGGGUCUAGCCAUGAUGGUGGCGCUGGUAGAGUUUUGCUACAAGAGUCGGGCUGAGGCCAAAAAAAUGAAGAUGAAGUUCACAGAUGCAAUGCGCUCCAAAGCUCGUCUGUCCAUCACAGGAUCAACCAGUGAGAAUGGUCGCGUCCCAGUGGCUUACCUCCGCCCAGGAUUACCCAUGAGCCUCAGCAUGACUGAUCUCUCCUGACCAUACCCAAGCCAGUGCCUUACAGCCAAUCACACAUUUUCUCCCUUUCCCUCCGAAGGUGAACAGAAAUGCAUGUCAUUUCCGUUGGUGACAAAUUAACAUGCACUGUGGGUGCUCUGCCCCUUACGUUCAGCCCAGAGUUCGGCCAUUCAUAUUUCUCCGAGAACUCCUGAUCUUACUCAUUAACAUCUAACCUAGAAAGACUGGAUAGAUGUUCUCCCGUGACUUGGCUGUCAGGCUUCAGCAAAGACCUGCCCACCUACAAAGAGAAGCACUCGACCAUCGGCAAGAAGGAAGGCUAGUCGUGUAGAAAUUCAUGAACAACAAUCAAGCACAGUGGACAGUUUUCUAAUCAAACACUCAUCGUUAUUUUGUAGAUUUUUGCCAUGGAAGCACCUCUUGUAUAGAAAACAAAGACAACAGUAAUGUUGGUGUUAAUGCAAUAACAACAUUAAUCAGGGAUGUGAUCAGGAAUUGUGGGUCUAAGCAGAAUCUUGUUAAAAGUGAGUGCAAGUGCUAUGAACUUAAACUGACACCCUGAAAAAUCACAUCCAUAAAAAAGUAAUUGUGAUAGCAGAAAAUAAUGAUGUUAUUGUUUCUAAUUGUUUUUUUGUUAUUUCUGCCUGGAAAUCCCAAAUUGAGAGAGACUUUUACAGACCCAAGAGAUGCAUGGACUGCCACACACAUAUACACAAAUGCAAACAACACAAGGCAAUAGGAACAUGUAUAUAUAUAUAUAUAU